AUGGAAUCAACCAGACUAGAAAACCUAAUAGAGAAUACAUUUAUUCCACCAAACAAACCUAAAUCAGAAGCCAAGAUUCCAAACUACCAUCCAUGUCUAAUAGUUCAAGAUUCUCAGACAGAUGUUAAUAAGUUAAAGCCAUGUGGGUGCUACGAUAACUUUUGCAUCAAAAAUGCUUCUACAUUGAUUCCUAGAUCAAGAAGGUAG